GCUCGUCGGAGACGCCGCCGGUGGUGCUUAAGCCUGUCUCUGCGGGAUGUAGCAACGAGGGCGGUCCGGCUUUACAGAGCUGGAAUGGCAAACUGGGUGGAAGUGUGAGCUGGUAUCCUGCAAAGUGCAUCAUUUUCUCCUAACAAUUUACAGUGAGAAUUCAUAAGGGUGCUGGAGAAGUCUGGUGUUCUACUUUUGCAGAAGUCUGGUGUCUGUGUGCUGACCAGAUGUCGUCCCGUAAAGGAUCGGUAACCAGCCAAGGAAAUGGACCUUCAAAUAAUGUCAGAGACAGGGAAGAUGUGGAACUGGCUGAACUUGGACCCCUGUUAGAGGAGAAAGGAGACCAGGUGGCAACUACUUCAUCCUGUGCUCAAGACCAGCCAUGUCCAGCAACCCAAGAGGAGGAGGAGGAGGAGGUGCGGGUGCUGACUCUCCCUUUGCAAGCACAUCAUGCUAUGGAAAAAAUGGAGGAAUUUGUAUACAAGGUCUGGGAGGGUCGCUGGAGAGUUAUUCCCUAUGACGUGCUGCCUGACUGGCUGAAAGAUAACGACUACCUGUUGCAUGGGCAUCGCCCCCCCAUGCCAUCUUUCAGAGCGUGCUUCAAGAGCAUCUUCCGUAUACACACUGAGACAGGCAACAUCUGGACGCACUUAUUAGGUUUUGUGUUGUUUCUUGGCCUGGGAAUUUUGACCAUGCUUAGGCCAAAUAUGUACUUCAUGGCCCCUCUUCAGGAAAAGGUGGUGUUUGGAAUGUUCUUUCUUGGAGCAGUGCUGUGUCUCAGCUUUUCCUGGCUUUUUCAUACAGUCUACUGUCAUUCAGAGAAGGUGUCUCGGACAUUUUCCAAGUUGGAUUACUCUGGAAUAGCUCUGCUAAUCAUGGGGAGUUUUGUUCCAUGGCUGUACUAUUCUUUCUACUGCUCUCCGCAGCCUCGACUUAUCUACCUCUCCAUUGUGUGUGUGCUGGGUAUCUCAGCAAUCAUUGUUGCACAGUGGGACAGAUUUGCAACACCUAAGCACAGGCAAACAAGAGCAGGAGUGUUCCUGGGACUGGGGCUGAGUGGUGUGGUCCCCACCAUGCAUUUCACCAUAGCAGAAGGCUUUGUAAAAGCCACCACUGUGGGCCAGAUGGGCUGGUUUUUCCUUAUGGCCGUGAUGUACAUAACAGGAGCUGGGCUGUACGCUGCCCGAAUUCCAGAGCGCUUCUUUCCUGGCAAGUUUGACAUCUGGUUCCAGUCCCACCAGAUCUUUCAUGUGCUGGUGGUGGCUGCAGCCUUUGUCCAUUUCUACGGGGUCUCCAAUUUGCAGGAAUUCCGUUACGGACUUGAAGGAGGAUGUACUGACGACUCUCUUCUCUGAGAACUUUAGAGGACUUUGGUACAAGCUUCCCAAGUGCUUUUAAAAUUACUUCUUUGCUAAAAUCAAAAGAAGACUGAACAUUUUUUUAAAAACAAACAAACAAAUUGGCAGUGUUGGCAGUGGCCAUUCCUGGCUUUCCUUUUCUCAGGAAGAUGGGGGUGGGAAGGUUUGCCAACAGUGUCCACUGGGUGGAAGUGCCUCCAGCAGCAAGCCCCUUCUUGACAAGUGAGUUGACCGCUCACAGGAAUUACACUGGUGGUUUUCUGGACACUAGAGAAAUUCUAGCACCUGGCAAAAAAGGAAAGGGGUUUGUUACCUGCUCUUUGAUGCUGCACACAUACCCCAUGCUUGAAGAAACUCUAAAUGUUUGUGACCCAUCAGACACCCAUUUCUCCUUUGGAUCUGUAAGAGACGAGUUGCGUUUGUGUGGCAAGGGCGCUGGCAGCUCAUAGCGGGAGAGCUCAGAGGAGGAUGCAUAGGGCCGUUUAACUAGAGAUUUGUCCUCUUUCUUGACAAAGUAAUGUAUGCCUGAAAAGAGAGUAUUUAAUAUUUAAUAAGCUUUAAAAAAUAAGUUGCUAUCCCUCCAGCCUAUUGUUACUGGAGAGCUAUUCAUGGUAUUACAAGUGGGGUGUUUAGAGGAUUGUGGAGCUGUUGUUGCUUUUAUGCCACGGUGACUGAAAUAAAAGGUCUGUAGCUUUUAAUACUGGGCAGUUCAAGGGUUCAGCUCAAAUGCCUGCAGAUAAUUUUUCUCCCCUGGA